GAUGAAGAGAAAAAGAUGGAAUCCCUAAACCCUAACAUCUUUUAAAUUGCUAGCUUUCUCAUCUUUUUAAUUUCCUGAUUCUACACCAAGACACCUUGAAUUGAAACGGAAUUUACCUUUAAUUUUCCCCAAAUCCUUCGAUUUUUGCAGAAUUUCGCCUUCCAGAGCCACAAUUGAGUCCUCAAUCAAUCAUUUCCCUUCAACCAUGUCUUUCUUCCAUAGAGUUUUGUCAUCUUUCAAUGCAUACAUAUGUUUUUCUGAUGCAUGAAAUAGAGAAGGACUAAAGAGAGUUGGAAUCCGUUCUUGGUCUCCAAGGGAGAGAUGGGGACCAGAUUCGAUUUUAGGAUGGAUCUGAUACUGGUGCUACGUGGCAACACGGUGGGGAGAGUGACGGAGCGAGUGGCGAAGGGCGACUGUCCUUAGUGUUGCUCUUCUCGAGCGCCACGUCAUUUCUUACGUGACUAUUUUGUUAGAGUUAUGAGUUGAAUAACCAAAAUGUUGAUUUUGAUAAAGUUGGAUGACUCCCUAAUGAGAUUCACCGGUUAAUGAACCAGGAACAUUUCU